AUGGCACUCAUUCGGCGGAAUGUCCCAUAUGUUCCUUCCAGCUACUUGCAACGGCAAGAGCCUGACCAGGAUGACUUUUGGCAAGAUGAAGAAUACUUUGGAAGCUAUGGAACAUUGAGACUACAUCUGGAGAUGUUGUCUGACAAGCCACGCACCGAGACAUAUAGACAAGUCAUCCUUAGUAACCGGGCUACGCUAAAGGAUAAAGUUGUCCUAGAUCUGGGAUGUGGCACAGGAAUCAUCAGCCUUUUUUGUGCGUCUUUUGCUGAGCCUGCUGCGGUGUAUGCAGUGGAGGCAAGCACCAUGGCAGAAUACACAGAGAGACUGGUCAAGGCCAAUGGCUGUGAAGGAAUAGUGACUGUUCUCCAAGGGCGUAUGGAGGAACUCACACUCCCAGAGAGAGUGGAUGUAUUGGUGUCUGAGUGGAUGGGAAACUGUCUCUUGUUUGAGUUCAUGUUAGAGUCUGUGCUGCAUGCUCGGGACCGUUGGCUAAAGGAGGGAGGAAUGAUGUGGCCAUCGCUUGCUUCCAUCACCAUGGUACCCUGUGAGGCCUUCAAUGACUUCAGUGAGAAAGUGGAAUUCUGGGAAAAGCCCUAUGGCCUGGACUUCAGCUGCCUUCAACCGGUUGCUAAACAGGAGUUUUUCUCCAAGCCAAAAUUCAGCCAUCAGAUCCAACCAGAGGACUGCCUUUGUACACCAAGUGAUGUCAUAACUCUUAACAUGCACACACUUCAAGUGUCUGAUUUGGAGAAAUUAAAUGGGGAAUUCUGCUUCAAAGUAGAGAAAACUGGUGUUUUCCAUGGAUUCACUGCCUGGUUUAGUGUAGGAUUCCAUGGUCUUGAGAGGGAUGGGCCAACUAUGAUUCUGGACACAGGACCUCACUCUGCACCUACGCACUGGAAGCAGACACUAUUUAUGCUGGACGAACCAGCUACCGUACAUACUGGGGACUGCAUCUCUGGUACUGUUGUCUUCCAGAGGAACCCCUUUUGGAGGAGACAUCUGACUAUCACUUUUGAGUGGAGCAUCAAUAGCAAUAGCACAGGGCACUCCAGUCAAAGCCAGCUGAAAACUUUUCCGAUGUGGCGAUGACGCUCACAUACAGUACCCUGGCAUGGAUGACUGAGCAAGAAAAACAGACCGAAACAGCUUGGCACUGGGUGCUUGGAGAAUACCUAAUCCUUGCUGCUAGCACAAUCGGCUGUUUUACCAACAUUUACUGUAUUCAUAUUUACAUUUGAUUUUUUCAUUUGGUAGACACCUUUUCAUCCAUAGUGACUUAUGUGAAUUUUAGUAAGGGACUACAGUGUACAUUGUCCCCGGAGCAACUUAGGGUUAUGUGCCUUGCUCAAGGGCACAACAUUGGAAGCCGGGAAUUGAACCCACAUUUUCCAGGCAACUGCAUGCUAGCUCAGCUCUUUAACCACCACCAUCCCAUAUGAUUACAGUAAUAUGUAAUGUGAUUACAUUGUAAUACAUGACUGUUGGUAAAUAUAAAGUUUUGGUACCACAUAGUAUAUGUAAAAGAAAAAUGUAUUUUACAAAUA